AUGGAUCCCCUCUCGCUCACAGCAAGUAUUAUCGUCGUUCUCGGCCUUGCGUCUGAAACAUCAAAAGCACUGCGUACUCUGUACGAUUUGCGUCAUGCGCCUCGAGAAAUUCUGGAGUUGACAAACGAAGUCAGCGAGCUCCAGGCUCUCCUUUGCCUGGUACAGAAAGCCACCGACAGCGCCGUUCAGAAUCAUCUCUCUGCAGAAGACCAGGUUCUCAUCCAACGGCUUAUUGAGACUGCUCAAGAUCCACUGAAGAAGCUGGAGGGACUGAUCGACAUGUGCUCUAGCAAGAAAGAGAUGUCGAGCGGUUCAGUGGAGAAGAGCAGUUUGCGCUUGAGUGUGUCGUGGUUGAAAUUGAAGAACUCAAUCAGUAAUAUACGGAAAAGGUUCCUUAGAGCUCACCGGAAUAUAGACACAGCUUUGGCUGCGCUGAAUAACAUUAAUAGACAAGCGGACUACAAGGUCAUUCUGAACAUACAUGACCUGGUUUUAACUCAAGCUCAAGCCAGUGAGCAUGGUAUAUCACCAGCCUCUCCGGAAACUGUUCAGAAUCUGGAGCAGAAAUUCAACGGGAUCAUAUGUGAUGUGAACGAAGAGAAAACCGGAGAACUCUUCAAAGAAUCAAUUCUUCCAGUUCCAGCCGCCAGAAAUACGAUGACUCGAGAAAUCGCCGAAAAGAAAUUCGACUCAUACUACUCACAUGAAGAUGAGCCUGGACUAUUUGAGAAUCAUGCUACUAUUCGGGCCUCAAUAGCUACACCGGAACACCUCUACUUCAACUUCGACCAUGCAAUCACCGAGGAUGCCAACAACAAAAGACCGUCUCAUGCCAGCUCACAUACCAUUUUCCGCAGUGGUUGAUGAAGAGGACGUUCGCAUUCACGGCGAGUGUGCGAAAUCUUACAGGAUGGUCUGGUUCGUGGUCAAUUGGGUUUCCGCGGACGAUAUCUGCGUCCCAUAACGCUUGGAAAUGUAUUGAGCAAGGGCGACAUGAGGAAUUCUUACAGAUACUAAGGGGUGCAACGAUAAUGGUUAAUGAUAUGG